AUGAACGAAGAAGACGCUAUUCAGAAUAUCCUCAAGAAGAUUGAGCGCGAGAAGGCUCUGCUCAAUGCUGCCAAUGCUAUGCGAGCUCAGACAAACAAUGAGGCCGUCCGUUCCAGACUCGACUCACAGAUGCGCGAUGGUCGGAGGAACUUGCAGUUCUUUGAGGAGAAGCUCCGCGAGGCUCAGAUGCGCCGCGGCAUGGACAACAUGUCCCUCAGCUCCCCCUCUGACAGACCCCUCAGCGGCGACAUGGACGACGCACCCCCGCCUCCUCCCAAGGACGCUUCUGGCGGAUGGGCAGAACGCGGCGGCUACGGCGCUGGCAGCGCCGUCUCUGGCGGUAAUGUCCAGUACAGCCAGAUCGGUGGCCACGCCGACUUGAUGCCUCCUCGCCAUCCUUACGCCCCUCCCGGUCCCUCGUCCUCUAUUCCUAAGCCGCGCCCCAACUUUACCAAACUCGACCUGAUUAAAUAUGAUACCCCUUAUCUCGGCCCUCGUAUCCAGCUUAUGCUGUCUCAGAUUCAGUUCAAGCUCAAUUUGGAGGAGCAGUACCUAAAGGGUGUCGAGAAGAUGGUUCAGCUGUACGGCAUGGAGGGUGACCGCAAGAGCAGAGCCGAUGCCGCUGCCAGGAGGGUUGAGAGCAAGCAAAAGAUUCUGCUGCUGAAGCAGGCUAUGAAGCGCUACGAGGAGCUUCACAUCGACAUGGACACCGCCGAUAGUCCCGAUGAUGACUCGAUCAACAUGCCCAACCUCCGAAAGCCCCUUACUGGUCAGCUUUCUAUUCGGGUCGGGCAGAUCAAGGACGUUGAUCACGCCUCCAUGAGCCGCUUCGCUCGCGGCCCCGAGACAUUUAUCGCCGUCAAGGUUGAAGACAAUGUUGUCGCUCGUACAAGAGUUACCCGAACGGACAAGUGGGAAGCCGAAUACCACACCAUCGACGUUGACAAGGCCAACGAGAUUGAGCUCACGGUUUACGACAAGCCUGGCGAGCAUGCCAUUCCCAUUGCUAUGCUGUGGGUGCGAAUUUCCGACAUCGCUGAGGAGAUGAGAAGGAAGAAGAUCGAGGCUGAGAUUACCAACUCUGGAUGGGUUUCUGCUGAUAGGAUGGGAGCCCCGCCACCGCAGUUCCCCAUGAACCCUCAGCAACAGCAGCAGCAGUCCUUCGGCGCUCCCCCGCCUUCGCCCGGUACUCCUCAGCAAGGCCAGCAAGGCGCCCCCGGCCCCAUGCCCAUGCAGGCGAUCCCCCAACAGCCUAUUGACGGCUGGUUCAACCUUGAGCCCGCCGGCCAGAUCCAGCUGUCUCUGGGUUUCCUCAAGCAGAACAAGGACCGCCGCCCAUUGGACCUUCAAGGACUGGGCCGAAAGGGUGCCGUUCGUCAGCGCAAGGAGGAAGUCCAUGAGAUGUACGGUCACAAGUUCGUCCAGCACCAGUUCUACAACAUCAUGCGCUGCGCCCUUUGCGGAGACUUCCUCAAGUACUCCACCGGCAUGCAGUGCGAGGACUGCAAGUACACUUGCCAUACCAAGUGUUAUACCAGUGUGGUCACCAAGUGCAUCAGCAAGAGCAAUGCGGAGACGGAUCCGGACGAGGAGAAGAUCAACCACCGUAUCCCCCACAGAUUCCAGGCUUUCUCCAACAUGACGGCAAACUGGUGUUGUCACUGCGGUUACAUCUUGCCUUUUGGCAAGAAGAACUGCAGAAAGUGUUUGGAAUGUGGUCUCACGGCGCAUUCUUCUUGCGUUCACCUUGUCCCUGACUUCUGUGGCAUGUCGAUGGCGGUGGCCAACCAGAUUUUGGAGGGUAUCAAGUCAACGCGUAUGAUCAACAAGAACAAGACUUCCUCUUCCUUGAGCGACCGCACCCUCAGGAAGCCGACGAGCCCCACCAGCACCAUGAGCUCCCCGCCUCACAGUGCUGCUGGCCAGGCGCCAUAUGCUCACGGCUCACCCGAGGCCACCGAGGCUGCCAAGCUCAUGUACCAGCAACAACAAUCUCCGCCUGGCCAGAGGCCAUCCCACCCUGAUCGGACAUCUUCCAGCUCGGCGGCCGCAGCAGCGGCCAGUGCCGCCAUGGGUGGAUCGAUGGCACAGCAGAAGCCUCAGUCGCAGGACUAUGGAAGAUAUGGCGGAGGCAGUGGCUACGGAUCUCAGCACGAUCAGGGCCAGGACGAUCCCUAUGGGCAGCAGCGCAAGUACAACCCUGCAGACUACGCGGCUGUCAACGCCUAUCCCCAGCAGCCUUCUGUGCAGCAGCAGCAACAGCAGCAACAACAUCAACAGCAACAACAACGACCUGUUCAACAACAACCCCCACCUCAACAGUAUUCGCAGCCACCCCCUCAACAGCAGCAAAUGUACCAGCAGCAGCCGCAACAGCCGCCCGUCUCUUCGCCCAAGUUGCAAGAGGCCCCGCAGCUGUCGCCCAUUGCGACCGGUGGCGUUCCCAGUGCUGGACGUAAGCCGUUGCCAUCCGCCACCGACCCUGGUACCGGCCAGCGUAUUGGCUUGGAUCACUUCAACUUCUUGGCCGUGCUUGGUAAGGGUAACUUCGGAAAGGUCAUGCUUGCGGAGACGAAGCGAUCUAAGAGGCUCUAUGCCAUUAAGGUGCUUAAGAAGGAGUUCAUUAUUGAAAACGACGAAGUGGAGAGCAUUCGGUCAGAGAAGCGAGUGUUCCUCAUCGCCAACCGGGAGAGACAUCCGUUCUUGACCAAUCUCCACGCCUGCUUCCAGACUGAGACCCGUGUCUACUUCGUCAUGGAAUAUAUUAGUGGUGGUGAUCUCAUGCUUCACAUCCAGCGCGGCCAAUUCGGCACCAAGCGAGCGCAGUACGUCGAGUAA